UCUGUUAAAUAUUUACAAGUGAAGACGAGCAUUGAAGCAUCAGGAAGAGCUGAAAUCUGCAAAGACUGAGUUUUAUUAAAGAAGACAGAGAAAAGAUGAGAGAUCCAGAACAUUGCAGAAUGAAACGCACUGAAGAACAAACAGAGCUGAUGGAAGAGAACGAGAAGAGUGAAGAACUGAGUGAAGUGGAGGAGAAACAUCAUGACAAACCUGGAGAAAAACCUUUGAGUUGCUCAAAGACUAAAAAGACACUUUUAAAGAAAAGAAGUGCCAAGAAAUCUUUGACCUGCACUCAGUGUGGAAAGAGUUUGACAAGCAAACGUAAUCUUGAUGUUCACAUGAGAGUUCAUUCUAGAGAGAAACCAUUCACAUGCGAUCAGUGCGGGAAGAGUUUCACACAAAAACCACAUCUUACGGGGCACAUGAGGAUCCACACUGGAGAAAAGCCUUACCCUUGCAAUCAGUGUGGGAAGAGUUUCACGCAAUCAUCAUACCUUACGCUUCACAUGAGGAUUCACACAAGAGAGAAGCUGUAUGCAUGUGAUCAAUGCGGCAAAACUUUUCUGUGGGCUUCAUACCUGAAGACACACCUGAGAGUUCAUACAAAGGAGAAGCCGCAUUCAUGUCACUUGUGUGGAAAGAGUUUUUCACUUCUACAACAUUUAAAAGAACAUCAAAAAACACAUACUGGUGUGAGAGAGUACAUGUGCUUUGAGUGUGAAAAGACGUUUACUUCAGCGAACUGUUUAAAACAGCACCAGAUGAUUCACACUGGAGAAAAACCUUACAAGUGUUCACACUGUGAUAUGACAUUCAAUCAGUCAGCAAAUCUGAAAACACACGAGAGGAUCCACAGCAGAGAGAAGCACACAGAG